GAGGACACUUUUUAGGGAAGACUAACUUGGACAAAAUGUUUGGCUCGUCCAGAACUGGAGGUGUACGGGGAGGCCAAGACCAGUUCAACUGGGAUGAUGUUAAGACCGACAAACACAGGGAAAACUAUCUGGGGAAUUCCCUCAUGGCACCAGUCGGCCGCUGGCAGAAGGGUCGCGAUCUGACCUGGUACGCGAAAGACAAGAAGGGCGGGGCGCAGUUGUCCCGGGACGCGGAGCUGGCGGCUGUGCGCCAGGCGGAGCAAGACGCGCUUAUGGUGGCUUUAGGCCACAAGAAUAUAAAGAAACAACCAACCGGUCUUACUAGAGAGGACUUGUCUGAAUUGUGCAAAAGGGAGGAAGCGGACAGCGACACCCGAAACGUGGACCGAGUCUCUGGUCUCGGCAGCUCCAGUGCUGGAGCAAGAAAAGUCAUCCUCUCCAAGCAGGAAAAGGAGGCUGUGAAAAUGGGUUUGCCGGUCUUCACUCAUCAUAGAUGUGAAGAUAAUCAGGAGUCGCCCAGCAAUAAGACUUCUGAGGACAAGGGGGAAGCUGCUGAUGAAGAAAGACGGAGUGACUCCACGCAGCGAGACAGCAAAAAGAAGAAAAAGAAGGAGAAGAAGUCCAAAUCGGAGAAGAAGAAAAAGAGAAAGAAGAAAAGUCAUCACAGAAGGGAGUCUUCCUCCUCAGGAUCUGAGUCUGAAGAUGACAGCGAGAGGAGGAGAAAGGACCACCAUCGUCCUCAUCCAUCAUCGGGCCGACAGAGCGGAGCCAGACCCCGAGACGGCUAUUCAUCAGUGGGGGCAAAGGCCGGAGCCUGCCCUUCCUCCCCGCUCCGCCAGCACCAGCGGCGGCGGCGUCAUGACACCGGGUCGUCCUCGGAUGGGGGCGUGGAUGCACCCCGUCGCUACAGCGGCCGCCCCCCCAUCGGAGCCAGUCAGAAGAGACGCCACGACACGGACUCUGACAGCUGAUGGACCACAAAGGGGGCGCCCUCCCUUCUCCUGGCUCCACAGAAAUCCUGGACACUUUUAUCAUUGUGCCACAGUCCAAAAACACUUUAAAAAUAUCCUACCCUUCCCUCUCAUAACUGCCUGAAACUCCCAAACCCUCCACCACAGCUGACCAGUAGCUGUUAAGAAUAUUCACCAGCAGAGGGCAGUAUGGCCUUUUGUGCCGAAUCCUAAGUAUUCUUGAUGAUGUUAAUCUAAUGCUUCCCUUCUGACUUAAAAUUCAUAUUACAUUUUCUGUUCUUGGCAAGCUUCGUGAGUCUCUGUUCUGUACGGCAGAAAAACGUUUUUGAGGCAGUGUUCAAGAUGAUUUUUAAUGCUUUUAUUAUUGUAUUUUUUUAUAUUUCAUAACUCAGAUGGAGAUGGAUUGUAUUGAAGUCCUUAUACAAAGCAUAUCCAUUUUUUUUCUGUGACAUUUAAAAUUAAAAUCGACAUGAGGGAAAUUUUGUUCACAAUAUUGAGGGCUUUUGAUACUUUGUGUAAUUUGUAAAGUAGUUUCUUUGAGUUGUCGUUGUGACUCCACGGUUUUGUAUGCUACUGUAACAGAUGAGUGAAAUAAAUUUGUUUCUUGCUGUGGCACAAUUGA